UCAUGACAUGGGUUCCUCUUUUCAUUCAACUUGUUCUUCAUGGACUAAGGUUGUCCUAUUUAGCUUAUCAUUGCUUGGCUUAUGCUCUGCCACUGCCAUAGAGGUAUCAUAUGAUCAAACUGCUUUCAUCAUCAAUGGAGAGAGGCGUGUUAUUUUAUCCGGGGCAGUUCACUUCCCACGAAGCACGGAGAAAAUGUGGCCUCAAAUUCUUCAAAAGGCUAAAGAUUCAGGUCUUGAUGCCAUUGAGACCUACGUUUUUUGGGAUCGCCAUGAACCUGUGAAAGGGAAGUAUGACUUCAAAAAAAACUUGAACUUCGUCAAGUUUUUCAAGCUCGUCCAAGAACAUGGACUCUAUGGCAUUAUAAGGAUUGGUCCUUAUGUUUGUGCUGAAUGGAAUUUUGGAGGCCUUCCAUUAUGGCUACACAAAAUUCCCGGGAUUCAGGUCAGAACUGAUAAUGAACCUUGGAAGAAAGAAAUGCAAACUUUCGUCACCAAAAUUGUGACCAUGUGUAAAGAAGCUAACCUUUUUGCAUCUCAAGGAGGACCCAUCAUUCUUGCACAAAUUGAGAAUGAGUAUGGGAACAUCAUGUCAGGUUAUGGAGAUGCAGGGAAACAGUAUGUGAAAUGGUGCGCUGAAAUGGCUCUAGCACAAAACAUUGGUGUUCCUUGGAUCAUGUGCCAACAGAAUGAUGCUCCUAGUACUGUCAUCCAAACUUGUAAUGGCUUUUAUUGUGACAGCUUCCAACCCAAUGGCAAUAACCCUAAAAACCCAAAAGUUUUCACAGAGAAUUGGGUUGGGUGGUUUCAAAAAUGGGGUGAAAAAUUACCACACAGGACUGCUGAAGAUGUUGCUUACUCAGUGGCUCGCUUCUUCCAAAAUGGUGGAGUGCUAAACAAUUACUACAUGUUCCAUGGAGGAACAAACUUUGAAAGAACAGCUGGAGGCCCAUAUAUCACAACAAGUUAUGAUUAUGAUGCACCACUUAAUGAGUAUGGAACUUUGAAUCAACCCAAAUAUGGGCAUCUUAAGCAACUUCAUGCAGCAAUAAAAUCGGGAGAGAAGAUUAUUACAAGCGCCACAAGAACUGAAACAAGCGUUGGAAAUUCAGUCAACUUGACCACAUACACCAGUAGUAAUGGUGGAAAAUUUUGCUACUUGAGUAACACUGAUGGCAGCCAAGAUGCUACUGUAGACUUGCCCAAUGGUGGUGGCAAGUUCUUUGUUCCUGCUUGGUCUGUAUCCAUUCUUGAAAAUUGCAGUAAAGAGAUUUACAAUACUGCAAAGGUUAAUACUCAAACCUCAUUGAUGGUGAAGAAAGUUGAUGCUUCAUCUGCUCAUCUUACUUGGGAAUGGAUGGCAGAGAACAUAGAAGACACGCUGAGUGGCAAGGGAACUUCUACAGAAAACUUACUUCUUGAGCAGAAAGACUUCACUCUUGAUGCAAGUGACUAUUUGUGGUACAUGACAACUGUUAACAUCAAUGACACUUCCUCUUGGCAAAAUGCAACACUUCAAGUGGUCACAAUGGGUCAUGCUCUUUAUGCUUAUGUUAACAAAAAUCUUGUAGGAUCCCAAUUCAGUCAAACAGGGGGGAAUUUCACAUUUGAGAAACCAGUUUCUCUGACAGAGGGAACAAACAUCAUAACUCUACUCAGUGUAACUGUGGGGCUUCCAAAUUAUGGUGCAAAGUAUGAUUUGAUAGACACAGGAAUAGUAGACGGUCCAGUUAAGUUAAUUGGCAAGAACAGUGUCUCUAUGGACUUGACAAACAAUUCUUGGUCUUACAAAACUGGCUUGAAUGGCGAGGCUCAACGUCUCCGUAAAGGGGUAUGGAAAUCUGGUUCUAGCAAUAAUCUUCCUGUUGGGAAAGGAAUGACUUGGUAUAAGGCCAAGUUUAAUGUUCCUUCUGGGACCGACCCUGUGGUAUUGGACUUACAAGGCAUGGGAAAAGGAGAAGCUUGGGUGAAUGGUCACGGUAUUGGUCGGUAUUGGCCAUUGAAUGUUGCUGGUUCUGAUGGAUGCAGUCAAACAUGUGAUUAUAGAGGAGCAUACCAAUCAAGCAAAUGCACAUACAAUUGUGGUAAUCCAACACAGAGAUGGUACCAUGUUCCUAGGCAAUACUUCAGCAACAAAGAAAACAUACUGGUUUUGUUUGAAGAAGUAGGUGGGAAUCCUCAGAAUAUAUCCUUCCAAACUGUAUCAGUAGGAACAGUUUGUGCUAAUGCAUAUGAAGGUGCCAAUCUGGAGCUGUCAUGUGAAGGCGGGAAAAUGUCAAAAGUUGAAUUUGCUAGCUUUGGAAAUCCACAGGGACAAUGUGGGUCUUUCCAAAAAGGCUCAUCUGAUGCCAGUACUAGCAUGUCUGUUGUGGAAAAAGCAUGUGCUGGAAAGCCGGCGUGUACUUUAGCCGUGACGAAGGAAACAUUUGGUGCACAGCAAAUAUCCGGUGCAAGUGGCAACAGCAACACCACUAAUAUUAACAGACUAGCCGUGCAAAUUGCUUGCUGAUUCAAUGUCCUUUAUGGCUGUCGAAGUAAUAGUCGUGGAUGAGUUUUUAUUUUUUAUUUUUUAUUGUUUUAACGGCGGCUGCGAAGUUUCAUUUCUUUUUUGUAUUUGUAGCCAAGUUAUUCAUGACUUUGAAAGUCCCAUAAUAAAAGUGGCACUCGUAUAAACUUUGGCUAUCAUGAGCAGUUAUAAAAGUUAUCUUGAAACCCAGAUUCAAAGUUUGCUCUGAGCGAGGAUUUCAGUGUAAGGCCAGACAAAAGAAAAACUGUAGAAAAACUGUAAAGCUUUUUCUGAUUGUAAUAUGUUUUGUGCCAUUUGUUGAAAGG